AUGAUCAUUCAUGUGAUCCCCCAGCCAGCCAGCCCCCCAGCCAGCCAGCCCCCCCAGCCAGCCCCCCAGCCAGCCAGCUUCCCAGCCACCCAGCCCCCCAGCCAGCCAGCCCCCCAGCCACCCAGCCCCCAGCCACCCAGCCCCCCAGCCACCCAGCCCCCCAGACAGCCAGCCCCCCACCCAGCCCCCCAGCCACCCAGCCCCCCAGCCAGCCCCCCAGCCAGCCAGCCAGCCACCCAGCCCCCCCAGCCAGCCACCCAGCCAGCCACCCAGCCCCCCAGCCAGCCAGCCAGCCCCCCCAGCCAGCCAGCCAGCCAGCCCAGAGCAGACAGAGCAGAGAGGUUUUACUACAGUGUCAGGUGGUACCAACCUCCAUCACCCCGUAUUAACCCUGCUUUAGUCUGUUCCACACUCACUGAACUCACUGUUCCCACUACGUCCCAAAUGGCACCCUAUUCCCUGUAUAGAAAAUAGGGUACCAUUUGAGACGCAAGACUCUGUCUCACCGGCUCUCUCUGUCACCAUUAUUCCUCUCAGAACAGCAAUCUGGGACCUUUACCAAAUCAGAUAAUACUAAACCAGACUAGAUUAACUGGGCCACUGUCACACACUCGUUUUAAUAUCACUGAAUGAUAAACAAAAUCUAAAAGUUGUUUCAAGAGAUGACAGAGAAUAAAAUAAAGUUAAGUUGUUUCAAGACAGAACAAACAAUUGGUUUUUUCAGAUUUCCACAGUGGUUUGCACACCAAGCUUUAUUGACAUCUAACACGGUAGACAAAAGCCCACGUCUUUAAAAUGUACACGCCGUCUGUGUAGUGGUGUUGCUGUAAAUACGUAGUAUUUUUAUAUUUGAAGAAGCAACACCAUGGUUUCUACCUCACGUCCUGCUCCAGCAACGUCUAGCAAAGCGGACACAAAUCAGGUCAAGAGAGCACGAUGUCCUGUUUUUGGUCAAUAUCACAUUCAUGUCUUUAGGUUUUUCAAACUAAAGUAUAAAUACCACUGAUUACUAGCUGUGUUGACCAGUGUAAGGAAGUGGAUACAACAUCAGUCCAAAGAUCAAACAGACAAUUGGGAUACAUUUAGCUAGUAGUAUUAUUCAUGAUUACUGCCAAAGUAUGACAUUGCAGUCUUAUUCCAUUCAUGUUCAUGUUCUCGCUUGCUAUAAGUACGAGUGGCGCAGUGGUCUAAGAGAUCCUGGUUCGAAUCCAGGCUCUGUCGUAGCCGGCCGCGACCGGGAGACCCAUGGGGCGGCGCACAAUUGGCCCAGCUUCGUCCAGGGUAGGGGAGGGAAUGGCCGGCAGGGAUGUAGCUCAGUUGGUAGAGCAUGGCGUUUGCAAUGCCAGGGUUGUGGGUUCGAUUCCCACGGGGGGUGGCCAGUACGAAAAAUGUUAAAUAAAUAAGGUAUGCACUCACUAACUGUGUCGCUGUGGAUAAGAGCGUCUGCUAAAUUACGUAAAUGUAAUGUAAAUGUAAGUACUCAAGUGACGAACAUCAAUCAUCCUAGCCUGUGUACAAGGCCUCUGUAUAGUAGCUGUAAAUGUAUAGUCCUGUUAUAGGGAAACAGGGUUACUGAGUGACUCUGUAUGGUAGCUGUAAAUGUAUAGUCCUGUUAUAGGGAAACAGGGUUACUGAGUGACUCUGUAUGGUAGCUGUAACUGUAGUCCUGUUAUAGGGAAACAGGGUUACUGAGUGACUCUGUAUGGUAGCUGUAACUGUAGUCCUGUUAUAGGGAAACAGGGUUACUGAGUGACUCUGUAUGGUAGCUGUAAAUGUAGUCCUGUUAUAGGGAAACAGGGUUACUGAGUGCCUCUGUAUGGUAGCUGUAAAUGUAGUCCUGUUAUAGGGAAACAGGGUUACUGAGUGCCUCUGUAUGGUAGCUGUAACUGUAGUCCUGUUAUAGGGAAACAGGGUUACUGAGUGACUCUGUAUGGUAGCUGUAACUGUAGUCCUGUUAUAGGGAAACAGGGUUAUUGAGUGACUCUGAGAUCAGUAGCUGACUGACUGAGGAAUGUUAGGAAUCUGUCAACACCGUGAGACUCUCAGGAAACCAGAGUCUGCACCUCUCAAUAGAACUACUGCUUCAUUCUGUAGUUCUAUUGAGGAACGUUGCAGUGAAAUGUAGAUUCAUUGUCACAUUUUCCCCCUUUUUUUUUUUUUUUACAGAAAUUACAAAUUUAACCCUGAAUUAAUCCUAUCAGUCUCGACACCCUAGCAAAAAAAAAUCGGCUUUUCAUGUAUCUGGCUUUCAUUUAUGUGCAUGUCCAGCCCACAUAUUUAGCCUCACAAUGAAGUGUUUGUUAAAAAAAGGAGUCCCGGUACUGGGGCCCCUUCGGGAUCUGCGUUUGUCUCACAAACCUCAAACAAACCGCUCGAGCUCCUUCCCCGUUAACCACACAGACUAAUGGUUGGUAUCUACCGAUGCAGAAGAAACACGGCGUGUUUAAAAAGGGGUUAGAAGUACUAAAUCACGCCGGCGUGACAGUGGGACUCAUUGGGUUAACGUCCACUGCUCACUAACUCACACUACACUGGGUUUAUCAACACCAUCAUGGGCCAGUCAGUCAUUGAUUGAGUGAGGACAGGCCAUGUUUUAUAAGAUUAAAAAUAUAUAUAUACACUACCGGUCAAAAGUUUUAGAACACCUACUCAUUCAGGGGUUUUUCUUUAUUUUAACUAUUUUUUACAUUGUAGAAUAAUAGUGAAGACAACAAAACUAUGAAAUAACACAUGGAAUCAUGUAGUAACCAAAAAAGUGUUAAACAAAUCAGAAUAUAUUUUACAUUUGAGAUUCUUCAAAUAGCCACCCUUUGCCUUGAUGACAGCUUUGCACACUCUUGGCAUUCUCUCAACCAGCUUCAUUGGAAUAAAUUUCAAUUAACAGGUGUGCCUUCUUAAAAGUUAAUUUGUGGAAUUUAUGCGUUUGAGCCAAUCAGUUGUGUUGUGACAAGGUAGAGGGGGUAUACAGAAGAUAGCCCUAUUUGGUAAAAGACCAAGUCCAUAUUAUGGCAAGAACAGCUCAAAUAACCAAAGAAGAACUACAGUCCAUCAUUACUUUAAGACAUGAAGGUCAGUUAAUAUGGAAAAUGUCAAGAACUUUGAAAGUUUCUUCAAGUGCAGUCGCAAAAACCAUCAAGCGCUAUGAUGAAACUGGCUCUCAUGAGGACCGCCACAGGAAUGGAAAACCCAGAGUUACCUCUGCUGCAGAGGAUAAGUUCAUUAGAAUUACCAGCCUCAGAAAUUGCAGCCCAAAUAAAUUCUUCACAGAGUUCAAGUAACAGACACAUCUCAACAUCAACUGUUCAUAGGAGACAGUGUGAAUCAGGCCUUCAUGGUAGAAUUGCUGCAAAGAAACCACUACUAAAGGACACCAAUAAGAAGAAGAGACUAGCUUGGGCCAAGAAACACGAGCAAUGGACAUUAGACCGGUGGAAAUGUGUCCUUUGGUCUGGAGUUCAAAUUGGAGAUUUCUGGUUCCAACCGCCGUGUCUUUGUGAGACGCGGUGUGGGUGAACGGAUUAUCUCUGCAUGUGUAUUUCCCACCGUAAAGCAUGGAGGAGGGGGUGUUAUGGUGUGGGGGUGCUUUGCUGGUGACACUGUCAGUGAUUUAUUUAGAACACACUUAACCAGAAUGGCUACCACAGCAUUCUGCAGCAAUACGCCAUCCCAUCUGGUUUGGGCUUAGUGGGACUAUCAUUUGUUUUUCAACAGGACAAUGACCCAACACACCUCCAGGCUGUGUAAGGGCUAUUUUACCAAGAAGGGGAGUGAUGGAGUGCUGCAUCAGAUGACCUGGCCUCCACCACCCCCCGACCUCAACCAAAUUGAGAUGGUUUGGGAUGAGUCGGACCGCAGAGUGAAGGAAAAGCAGCCAACAAGUGCUCAGCAUAUGUGGGAACUCCGUCAAAGACUGUUGGAAAAGCAUUCCAGGUGAAGCUGGUUGAGAGAAUGCCAAGAGUGUGCAAAGCUGUCAUCAAGGCAAAGGGUGGCUAUUUGAAGAAUCUCACAUAUAAAAUAUAACACUUUUUUGGUUACUACAUGAUUCCAUAUGUGUUAUUUCAUAGUUGUGAUGUCUUCACUAUUAUUCUACAAUGUAAGAAAAUAGCAAAAAUAAAGACAAACCCUUGAAUGAGUAGGUGUUCUAAAACGUUUGACUGGUAGUGUAUAUAUAUUGAACAAUAACACAAAAUACAAUAAUGGAGAUUAAUAGACAAGAGUCCAUAAACUGAACGUAGGCAGGCAGACAGACAGACAGACAGACAGACAGACAGGCAGGCAGGCAGGCAGGCAGGCAGGCAGGCAGGCAGGCAGGCAGGCAGACAGGCAGGCAGGCAGACAGGCAGGCAGGCAGGCAGGCAGACAGACAGGCAGGCAGGCAGACAGACAGACAGGCAGGCAGGCAGGCAGGCAGGCGUAUUACAUGUCAAGACAAAAUGUACACAGUAAGAGGCAUGGUUGAGUGAUAACACAGUCACAUAUACAAAACUCCCCAACAGACACUGGGGCCACCCUUCCCACUGGUUCUACCUCCCACCUGUAUCACCCUCUCAGGAAGUUGUCAUAACCACUUCCUGUCUCUCUCUCUGCAGGUGGGCCUUUUUAGUGGGAUCUGUCUGAUCGUAGGAACCAUGAUCGGCUCCGGCAUCUUCAUCUCCCCUAAGGCAGUGCUGCUGGAAACGGGAGCCGUAGGACCAUGUCUGUGUGUCUGGGCAGCCUGCGGAGUGCUGGCUACACUGGGUAAGGACACACUCUCUGGCUACACUGGGUAAGGACACACUCUCUGGCUACACUGGGUGAGGACACACACACUCUGGCUACACUGGGUGAGGACACACACACUCUGGCUACACUGGGUGAGGACACACACUCUGGCUACACUGGGGAAAGACACACACACACCAACCCUGUCCUGUGUCAUUUCUAACCAGUCACUAAAUGACACCAUAAACUGAGAUAGAUUACAGUGAGGGGAAAAAGUAUUUGAUCCCCUGCUGAUUUUGUACGUUUGCCCACUGACAAAAACAUGAUCAGUCUAUAAUUUUAAUGGUAGGUUUAUUUGAACAGUGAGAGACAGAAUAACAACAAAAAAAUCCAGAAAAACGCAUGUCAAAAAUGUUAUAAAUUGAUUUGCAUUUUAAUGAGGGAAAUAAGUAUUUGACCCCUCUGCAAAACAUGACUUAGUACUUGGUGGCAAAACCCUUGUUGGCAAUCACAGAGGUCAGUAGUUUCUUGUAGAUGGCCACCAGGUUUGCACACAUCUCAGGAGGGAUUUUGUUCCACUCCUCUUUGCAGAUCUUCUCCAAGUCAUUAAGGUUUCGAGGAUGACGUUUGGCAACUCAAACCUUCAGCUCCCUCCACAGAUUUUCUAUGAGAUUAAGGUCUGGAGACUGGCUAGGCCACUCCAGGACCUUAAUGUGCCUCUUCUUGAGCCACUCUUUUGUUGCCUUGGCCGUGUGUUUUGGGUCAUUGUCAUGCUGGAAUACCCAUCCACGACCCAUUUUCAAUGCCCUGGCUGAGGGAAGGAGGUUCUCACCCAAGAUUUGACGGUACAUGGCCCCGUCCAUCGUCCCUUUGAUGCGGUGAAGUUGUCCUGUCCCCUUAGCAGAAAAACACCCCCAAAGCAUAAUGUUUCCACCUCCAUGUUUGACAGUGGGGAUGGUGUUCUUGGGGUCAUAGGCUGCAUUCCUCCUCCUCCAAACACGGCGAGUUGAGUUGAUGCCAAAGAGCUCCAUUUUGGUCUCAUCUGACCACAACACUUUCACCCAGUUCUCCUCUGAAUCAUUCAGAUGUUCAUUGGCAAACUUCAGACAGGCCUGUAUAUGUGCUUUCUUGAGCAGGGGGACUUGCGGGCGCUGCAGGAUUUCAGUCCUUCACGGCGUAGUGUGUUACCAAUUGUUUUCUUGGUGACUAUGGUCCCAGCUGCCUUGAGAUCAUUGACAAGAUCCUCCCGCGUAGUUCUGGGCUGAUUCCUCACCGUUCUCAUGAUCAUUGCAACUCCACGAGGUGAGAUCUUGCAUGGAGCCCCAGGCCGAGGGAGAUUGACAGUUCUUUUGUGUUUCUUCCAUUUGCGAAUAAUCGCACCAACUGUUGUCACCUUCUCACCAAGCUGCUUGGCGAUGGUCUUGUAGCCCAUUCCAGCCUUGUGUAGGUCUACAAUCUUGUCCCUGACAUCCUUGGAGAGCUCUUUGGUCUUGGCCAUGGUGGAGAGUUUGGAAUCUGAUUGAUUGAUUGCUUCUGUGGACAGGUGUCUUUUAUACAGGUAACAAACUGAGAUUAGGAGCACUCCCUUUAAGAGUGUGCUCCUAAUCUCAGCUCGUUACCUGUAUAAAAGACACCCGGGAGCCAGAAAUCUUUCUGAUUGAGAGGGGGUCAAAUACUUAUUUCCCUCAUUAAAAUGCAAAUCAAUUUAUAACAUUUUUGACAUGCAUUUUUCUGGAUUCAUUUGUUGUUAUUCUGUCUCUCACUGUUCAAAUAAACCUACCAUUAAAAUUAUAAACUGAUCAUUUCUUUGUCAGUGGGCAAACAUACAAAAUCAGCAGGGGAUCAAAUACUUUUUUCCCCCACUGUACCUGACAAACCCUGUCCUGUGUAAUAUCUAACCAGUCUCUAAAUGACACCAUAAACUGAGAUAGAUUACCUGACCAACCCUGUCCUGGGUAAUCUCUAACCAGUCACUAGUGGUGGGGAAGAAUGACAGGAAUCUCCUAAAUCAGGAAUGACCAAAGUGCUGAGGCUCCAUGUGAGAAGGACUCCAUGUGAGAAGGACUCCAUGUGAGAAGGACUCCAUGUGAGAAGGACUCCAUGUGAGAAGGACUCCAUGUGAGAGGGUCUGUGUGAGAAAGACUGGAGCUGCAUUCCAAAUGGCACCCAUUGGGAUGCCCGUCUGGGUCAGCUGAUCUCAGCAGCCAGAAACAACAUGAACCCUGCUGACUUAUUAAGAUCUAGGAGGGAAUUCCUUUCCCCCGUCUGGGUCAGCUGAUCUCAGCAGCCAGAAACAAAGCUCUGACCAGCUCCUGGUUAACGUCUGUCACUAGUGCAGGGCUGUCAUACCAAAUUCCCAGAGCGCAGUGUCUGCCAGUUUUCGCUUUUUCCCUGUACUUGAUUGAUCAAUUAAGGUCAUUGACUAAUUAGGAACCCCCUCACCUGGUUGUCUACAUCUUAAUUGAUUAGUUAGGAACUCACCUGGUUGUCUACAUCUUAAUUGAUUAGUUAGGAACUCACCUGGUUGUCUAGGUCUUAAUUGAUUAGUUAGGAAAUCCCCUCACCUGGAUGUCUAGGUAUUAAUUGAUUAGUUAGGAACUACCCUCACCUGAUUGUCUAGGUCUUAAUUGAUUAGUUAGGAACUCCCCUCACCUGGUUGUCUAGGUCUUAAUUGAUUAGUUAGGAACUCACCUGGUUGUCUAGGUCUUAAUUGAUUAGUUAGUGACUCACCUGGUUUCUAGGUCUUAAUUGAUUGUUAGGCAUCCCCUCACCUGGUUGUCUAUUUCUUAAAUUGAUUAGUUUUAGGAACUCACCUUGUUUGUCUAUGUCUUAAUUGAUUAGUUAGAAUCUUCCCUCUCCCCUCACCGGUUGUCUAGUCGUAAUUGAUUAGUUAGGAACUCACCUGUUUUUCUAGGUCUUAAUUGAUUAGUUAGGAACUCACCUGGUUGUCUAGGUCUUAAUUGAUUAGUUAGGAACUCACCUGGUUGUCUAGGUCUUAAUUGAUUAGUUAGGAACUCACCUGGUUGUCUAGGUCUUAAUUGAUUAGUUAGGAACUCACCUGGUUGUCUAGGUCUUUAAUUGGACACAUUGAAAGGAAAGCAGCAGAAGCAGCAGCAGACACACGGCCAUCCAGGCACUGAGUUAGACAGCCCAGGACUACUGUCAGCUAACUCUCUGUCUCUGAGUUAGACACCCCAGGACUACUGUCAGCCAACUCUCUGUCUCUGAGUUAGACACCCCAGGACUACUGUCAGCUAACUCUCUGUCUCUGAGCCUGCCUGUCUGCCUGCAGGGGCGCUGUGCUACGCGGAGCUGGGUACCAUGAUCGCUAAGUCUGGAGGGGAGUACUCGUACCUGAUGGAGGCCUUUGGGUCAGUGGUGGCCUACCUCUACUCCUGGAGCACCAUCAUGGUCCUAAAGCCCUCCUCCCUCGCCAUCAUCUCCCUAAGCUUCGCAGAGUACGCCUCCACGCCGUUCUACCCAGGAUGCACUCCUCCCAUUGUGGUCACCAAGUGCCUGGCUAUAGCGUGCAUACGUGAGUGUGAAUACUUCUUGAAUUAUGAAAAAUCCUAAUAGAAAACAAUUGGCAUGCACUUCCUGAAUUGACUGAAUUGAAACCCGGGUUAUAUCUCAAUUGUCUUUCCUUGCAUCCAAUCAUAUUGGAGGAGAAGAUCCAAGACCUUCUUCUUCAAUGCCUUUUGAGAAGAGAGCGAGAAGAGAGGAUGCAAGGGAUCGAGUAAAGAUUAAUUUAAAAAAGCCCUGACUUGACCCCCACCGUGCUCAUCCUGACCUUGUGUUCUUCUCCUCCUCCUCCUCCUCCUCCACCCUCUCCUCCUCCUCCUCUUCCUCCUCCGCCUCUUCCUCCCUCUCCUCCUCCUCCCUCCUCUCCUCCUCCCUCUCCUCCUCCUCCUCCUCUUCCUCCUCCUCCUCUUCCUCCCUCUCCUCUCUCCUCCUCCUCCUCCUCUCCUCCUCCUCAUCCUCCAGUUCUGAUAGUGUUGGUGAACUGUCUCAGUGUGAAGCUAGCCAGCUUUGUCCAGAACUUCUUCACUGCAGCCAAACUCUUCAUCAUCCUGGUCAUCGUAGUGUCAGGCUUCGUCCUCUUGGCACAA